AUGGAAAGCGUUACAAAUUUUUCUAUAUCGCUUAUCAAAGGUUUCAUCGACAGCUUGCGUGGUAUAACUGUCUUGCUAUAUUUGGAUAAAGAAAUAAACGAACGCGCUCUAAGUCGUUCCCCACAAAUUGACACGGACAAUAGUAAACAAAAAGUUAAACAAACAAAAAUUAAACAGGAAUCUAAAGUACUUACAAGGGUUUUACAAUCAUGUAUCCUGAAUGGGUUUAUAUUUUUGUUAAGUAUUCUUAUAUUUGAAUAUGCUCUGUUGCCGAGUGUCAAGUAUCUGGUGACACUGGUGUUUGGUCAUAAUCCUGGGGUAGCUCAUAAUAUUUGGGGAUGGAUGCAACCGUUUCUUUCAAUGACUUUUCGGAUGAUAUGGGUCCUACCUUUGUUCUUAUUGAGCAAGCUUGUGAAUAGUCUAUGGUUCCAGGACAUAGCAGACUCUGCAUAUCGUCAUCGUCGAGGCCGGCCUCAGUUCAUGUCGAGUGUCAGUAAGAUCAUAGCCGACUCAUUGUUCAGUUUAUUGGUGCAAGCUUUGUUUUUAGUCCAGAGUAUGCUAGUCAGUAUGUUACCCAUAACAUACAUCGGAGAGUUAUUAUGUCUUAUACACAUGUGCCUAUUGUACUCGCUGUACUCGUUUGAGUACAAGUGGUUCAACAUGGGUUGGGAGUUACACAAGCGGCUUACAUUCAUUGAAACCAAUUGGCCGUAUUUCCUUGGAUUCGGUUUACCGCUGGCCGUCCUAACUCAAAUACCACAGUCAUAUAUAAUAAGUGGUUGCGUAUUUUCAAUAUUCUUUCCAGUCUUCAUUCUGAGCGGAAAUGAAGCUACUCCAGUAACUGGGAGUGAGUAUUCCCUCCGUUUAUUUUCUCCCGUGGUCGCCAUUUCCAACGCCAUGUUCCGUUUCGUUCGACGCAACGCGGACGACAAGAUCAAAUGA